AUGAGUUACGUACUUUCAGUGUUUUUGAAGGAGCUGCCUGGCUACGUUCUCUUUGGUGGGAUCUUUAUGCCUGUGACUUUACUCCUGCUGCUGCUCAUUGCCUACUUCAGGAUCAAACUAUUAGAAGUUAAUGAGGAACUGGCCAUGGCACAAGACCCCGGAAAGGUCUUCCUGAAUGCCCAUGGCCAGUGGCAGAAACCUGGGAGAUCUGGACAAAAAAGGAACAAAUGCAAGAACUGA